UUUUCCUAUGAUAAUUAUGACCGGUAUUACUUUUAGUAAGCGCUCAGAUCUGCUGCUGCUGUUGCUACUGCUCGUAUGUGUACAAAACCCCGAGGUGAGAACGUGACGAAAUUAAAUCUAUGCAAAUAAGCUUUAGUUUGGCAUCGCAUCUUAGGUAGCAGCAUGGGUAUUUUAAUUGAACAUAGAGAUUAAUAUUUAUACUAAGAAGGUAAGGAUCGCUUUAGGGAAUUUACCGGUCGGAAGUUUCGAAGUAUAAAGACAAAUUUGUCAUAAUAGCCGGUUCCUCCAAAGGAUUGUGUUUUUUUUUAUGGAAAUAUGGGAACAUGCGGACAAGACAAAUUGCGCAUUUUCUAGCUAUUAACGCUAGACUUAGAUUUACUUAGUCACUUUAGACCUCUUAUUGCAAAAGGGCGAAAUUUAAAAGACUAAAAACAGAAAUGACCAAAAGUGUUGUUCUGUAUUGCUUUUCUAUUAUGUUUAAAAGUAUGAAUUGUGUUUAAAAGUAGGAAGAGAUAAUUAAUUAAAAUUAGGAAGAGAAAAUCAGUGAGGGAAUAUAGUUUGCCCUUCUUUCCAGGCACUUCCAACGCUUUGCGACGUCGCAUAGAUUUUGUGACGUCACAGGGAUUACCCAAUCAAGCUCCAAUCAGGCUUUUGGGCGAUUUCACGACUGUUUUAUAUUUGUUUGCGAGGAAGGGUUUUUUGUAUAACGGACAGCACACAGCUUAACCUCACACAGUUGGUAAUAGCGUCAAGCUAUUCCAGGGUAUUCUAUUGCCUCUUAGGAUACAAAAAGGAAGAGUACCAGCACCGCCAGGAUUUUUUUUCUAAUAUGGCGAAUAACAGCUCACUUGGAGAUACCAAUUCAACUCAAGGACUUAAAAUUGACUGUUUCUCGGUUAAGUGUUUCUUCUCAAGAAGCGAGAGGGUUGGCAUAAUAACUGGCUUCUUUCUAACGUUCUUGGCUUCCUUCGUAGGAAACUUCGCCGUAUGUUACCUGCUAACACGAGCACGUCACCUGAAAAACUGCACAAGUUUUUCCAUCUUGAAUCUAUGCAUAGCAGAUCUUCUAAUCACCGUUACAUGCAUUCCUCUUCUUACUGUUGAUCUCUACAUCGCAGAUGAGUGGUUAUUUGGCGCCUUCAUGUGUAAGACGGUGACAUUCUUGCAAAACACCGUCCUGGAUGCAUCUGUGCUUAUCCUCCUUACAAUCAGCAUCGAGAAAUUCACAGUUGUUUGUUUUCCCAUCCAGUCCCGUUUCUAUCGCAAGUGGUUUCGCUACAUCGUCGGAGUUUGCUGGUUUGUAGCUUUUAUCGAUGCAUCCCAUACAACAACCUUCAAAACAUUGGUUACAAUCAAAUACAGUGGACAGAAAAAGUGUAUUUUGUUAUACCCUAAAACAAAGUAUUUUAGUCAGUAUUACGUGAUUGCGCACUCUGUUUGCUUUUUCUUCAUCCCUUUGAUGUCUAUGGUAGUCCUCCAUGCCAUAACUGUAUCCUCCAUAAGAAGAAGACUUAUAGUUAAGACAAAAACCGACGACGAUGAUGACACAUGCUUUUCGGCGAAAAACAUGAGCAUUCAUCGUGCUAAGCUACACAAUAACGGCAAGGUCGUUGUAAUUCUCGUACUGAUAGUUUUAGUGUUCAUGCUAUCCUGGGGCCCGUAUCUUUGCUUGAAAAUAUGGCACGAGUUCACUAAGCCUGCGGCAAGCGACUUUGUCAAGUAUUACAGUACUUUGAACAAGGUCUACGUGUUUUGUGUGUGGAUGGUAUUUUUCAACUCUGUUUGUCAUCCGAUCGUAUAUUGUUUCAUAGGUAAACAGUACAGGGAUGAAGCUAGAGCUUUGUUCCAUAGGUUCUUUCCUAAAAAAAAUUACAACAACAGUAGGCUGAGAUUAACCUCGGUGCCAUCAACGAAUAACAGAAAGAGAAAUUUCGAAGGGAGUCUUAACUCGCCACAGUGGAGACACAGUCAGCGGGAUGUUACCGAAACUAAGUUAAGUAGUUCAACAAAUUAGGAGGGAUUUUAGGCUGGUUCUUAAUGGUAGGUUUAGGUCAUGUCUUAAAGUAUCUUUUGAAUACCAGCAGCAUUCAGCUAGCUCGUUAAUAUAUGGCUGAAAUAACCCAGUUAAUAUAUAUGUGAUACCAGCUGUCCGAUGAUAUGUGUAUACAAUAAACUUUAUAACAAGGGUGUAAUACCUUACAAAGUAGUUUUCUAACACAUGGCCUUCUUCCAAUUCAUUACAAUCUGUUAAAAAACAAUUGUAUCACCGCUUAAUGUAACAACUGCCGCUUAAUGUAACGCUAACGCUUAAUGUAACAAAAAUCGCUAAUAUUACUUUUUUUAGGAUGUUACAUCAGGAAGAUUGGGUGUACAUUAAAUAUCUUAAAAAAAAAACAACGGUACCAUCAAAGACCACGGUAGGGGGUUCAUGAAAAAAAGAGUAAAAUAUGCUUUUUUUAUUCUUAAUUAAAAUUUAGUGGUAUCUUGUUUACAACAAUAUUGCAAAUUAUUCAAAACAUGUGUUAUUAUAAAAGCGAAACAAUUGUAAGUAAGUUUUUUUUUCUUUUUCUUUUUUUAUCAAGCGUGUGUUGGAUAAUUAGUGCGUAUAAAUAAAGGAGUAAUUGUGUGGUUAAUCAAA